ACACACACACACACACACACACACACCCAGAUUAACGCAUCUCGGACGCUGGCCGACAUCGCGCACUUACUUUGGUUUCCUCGCGUCAUUUCCUCGGCGUUUGUCUUGGCAUACUUCCGGUGAUUGUCCCCGGCCCCUCGGCCUUUGUUAAUCAUGACUGAAGCCAUGCCCCAGUCCGGGCCAGAUGCCGGGUCAGUCCCCGGCGCCCACCCUGGAGGUGUUCGCAAGAAGUUUGCAACACCACCAGCGAAGCUUGCUUGUCUUGCGUGCAGAGCCUCGCGAACUAGAUGCAAUGGUGGCCGCCCUUGCGCCAGUUGUCAGUCCAAAGGUCGAGAAUGCGUUUACAUGCCAAGCAAGCGUGGCGGCGCCCGUGUGCGCAAGAAGCCAAAGCAGAAUUCCGAAUCGGCGGUGCAACAGCAGUGUCUUCCGGAGGUACCCGAAAUACCUCAGGAGCCCAUCUCCAUCGAGCGCUAUAUCGAUCCAGGCGCUGGCCUCAAACAGCUUGGCGACUAUUACCCAGACAGUGAUUUGAUCUUUGACAGCUUGUUCAUGAAUGACGUCUCCAGUUACAUCCCAAAUGAAGCCAGCCUAAACCCGUCGCCACAACCUCCAGUGCCGACGGUGCCGAUGGUACGCACGUACAAGGACAACGUAUCAAUACUCAAUGCCUAUUAUGUUUACAUACAUCCGUACUUCCCCAUUCUUCCUCCACCAACCACAACCCCUCUGGAUAAUCCAGUGGCGCGGUUUCAAAACCAGCCAUCAGACUUUGAGGGCGAUUUCGAACCGACGUCCGCCAUAGCGCUUGCCAUUUCCGCCGUGCUAGCUCUCAUACCAUGCGCCAAUGAUGUUAACCAUGCCACCCCGGAAUCGCUGCGCUUCCGACGAACGUAUGCGCAACUCAUGGCGCAAAGCGCUAUUGAGCAUAUCGAGGAGGAGGACGAGAUUCCAGAAUCAUCCACGAUACCCCAGGAGGCCUUGUCCUACGAUGCGCCACCUUCUCCGCCGAGCCGAUCGCUCUUUCACCCUGACUUGCCCCAGGAAUUAGAAAAUAUCGUUGCGCUGGAUAUAUUGAGUGUCUACGAGUAUGGACAACGAGGAAAUCUGAGGAAGAUGCAGAGUCGCGCAGGCCAGGCAUUCUUUGAUGCGAUGGCCCUCAAUCUCCACAACUGCACGGAAGAGGACCGUUAUUCAGAAGCUCGGAGGAGAGUCUGGUGGAUGACGUAUAUAUGUAUCUGCCAAGGUUCGAUCGUCAGCAACACGAAGCCAACCUUUGCGCCGUUCGCAUCGACUUUCACAGCACAAUUCCCAGUUAUCCUAUCGGAUCCCGAGGCUUUCCCUGCUUUUGUCCAAGCUCAACAGGCCAUUCUAUCUGCGACACAGUUUGUAAUAGAUCUCAACAAGACGCUCAAGGAGAAUGGAGACAUGUCUAGAAUAUACCAACGAAUGCAGGAGCUGGAAACAACGCUUGAGCCCUUGAUCCUACAGUCAGAAGCUUUCGCGACGCGGCCAAUGACAACAACGACAGUCAACACCUCGGAGGAGCUGGUCGGCCACACCUUGAGAUGCAUGGCGCGCAUCAAGCUCAGCAGCGCCAGGAUCAAAGUCCAUCGCUAUUGUGCAUUUUUCGAUCUUCCCGUCUUUACCGGAAAACACUGCGAUCUCAAAUCCAAGAACGCAAACGAUGCCCAGGAACCUCGUCGAUGGCACACAUGUUCAUGCAGUCCCUGGGUUCCCACGCCUUCAACGACAUCUGUUACCUCGCCCGCCGACAGCGCCAGCCAGGCCAACAUGUCACCAGCAGCUAGCUCAAUGCAAGCAUCAGUGCCGUCCCCUAGAUCCGAGGUUGGUGUCAGCACCCCGGGUUCAGUCAUGACCACGUGCCCUUUCAGCAGCCACGAAUCCGCAAAGAUCUGUCUCCGUUCUGCCCUCAACAUCGCCGCCGAUUUCGACAGGAUGCCGUACCCGAACCCGUCGGCCUUGCCUCCGUUCCCGAGCAACCAUGGCGCGACACCAGGGGCCGUGGGCAACGGAAACGCGAGCGACAGCCCCGUCUUCUACCUGUCCCCGACGUCGACCAUCAUCGCCCCGCGAACCAUGCCAUCAUUUGCCUGCUGCGCUAUGCAGUGCGCCUACUCCCUGCUCAUGGUGCAUGAGAAGACCAAGGCGCUAUACCCAUACUCGUACCCGGGCCCAGCAACCGUCGAGGCCAUUGCUGCAGAUAGGGCCAAUGGCGGGCCACUAGUCAGUAACUUGCUCGUCAGGUUGCAGCAAGGUUUAAUGAGCAUUCUUGGCACUCUGGAAAACUACGGGACUGCCUUUGAGGCGCUGGGUGGCAUGCGAGAUCAAAUACGGAAUGCUAUCGAGCCGACCAUGGCAUUACAGUUCUGAGAGCCGGCGUGAGUUGGCAGAGCCAGCGGACGGAUUGCGGGGUCUAACAGCCAUGGACAGUCUCGGCCUGCAAAGAAGCCUGGAACCCUUUAUGCGGGAGUGGGGAAAACGCAGAUCCCCCAAGCAAAAGGGCCUCACGGGUCUGCAUCCAGAUGCCAAUCAAUCCCUCGGCUGCUUGGACGCAUUAUGAGGUAACAAGUACCUAAGGUUUGAUGUUUUGUUUCGGGGUCCGAAGAGGACAGGUUAGUGUACAAAGCUGGGCGAAAAGAUGGAGUUGGUGAGGUAAAGAGAAAAUAAGGGAUAUCUGGGGGUUUCCGAUAUUGUUUGUUUGGUCUUCGUCCUUAUUUUUAUCUUUCUUAUUUUGGGGGUGACUCUUUUGAUGUGACGAUAGUUGAUAUUUCUCAGCUCAAUUAUUUGCGCAAAUUAACUUUACCACACGUCUGUCGCUUGGAAGACCAAAUUAGCUACCUAGUUGGACUCUGCAUCAUCUAAAUAAUUUUGUCCAUAGUCAUCCGUUGCUAUUACAUUUUUUUCCCAUUUUUUUUAUUAGCUUGGGGAAAGGUGUU